UGGGUGGUGUGAGUGCCAGUCGCCGGCCUUUAGUGUGGCUGCUGCUGGGGCGGCUACGGGGAGGGGGACGGAGCCAGGGGACCUGGAGCAGCAGCCGAAGGAGGUUAUGUUUGUGUUUGGGAUUGUCAAGUGAAGGAGGGAUCCCAGGCGCCGCCGCCGCCGCUGCUGCGCGGGGGUCGCGGAGAUUCCGGGCUGCGGCCGCCGCCAUCAGCAGCGCAGCUCCAGGGCCGGCUGCAGCGGCAGCGGCCCCGCCGGGCGUCCUGGCAGCAGCACAUGGAUUAAUUGAUGGACAGUAGGUGUAUGGAGCCACCUUUCUGUGACCUGCUCUUCCUACAGUUUUUAAGAAGGAAAAGGGGCCCCUGAAUCAAAGAAGAUGCCUCGAACUAAACAGAUUCAUCCCAGAAAUCUAAGAGACAAAAUUGAAGAAGCACAAAAAGAACUUAAUGGGGCAGAAGUGGCAAAAAAAGAAAUCUUAGAGGCUGGUAUUAAAGGAACUUCAGAAUCACUUAAAGGUGUGAAACGUAAAAAGAUUGUAGCUGAGAAUCACCUGAAAAAAAUACCAAAAUCCCCGCUGAGAAAUCCUCUUCAGGCAAAACAUAAGCAGAAUACGGAGGAGCCGCCGCCCGCCGUCGUGCAGAGCGCGUCGGGGCCGCACAAGAAGCAGAGCCCCGGCGCGGCCGGCAAGCCCCCUCUUCCUCCAUACAGUCCGCACGAACCCCCUGCCCCCAAACCCAACCCACAGAAUCAGCAGCUUCCAGCGGGCUCGGGUUUCGCGAGAUCACUGACGAAUCUGCAAAAUCAAGAGAACGCCAAACUUGAACACGUGUAUCACACAGCAGUGACGUCGCCCGCGGGUCUGACUUCACCCUCCAGUAGAACUCAGGUUACUCCUCCAAACCAGCAAAUGGAUUCCGCUUCACCCGCGUCCAUCAGUCCCGCCCCUUCGACACAGUCACCCCCCGCGCCGAUUUACAACUCGACUCCUGUUGCCCCAGCCAUUAAUCACAGCGUGGAACAAAUGUGCAAUCUUCUUUUGAAAGAUCAGAAGCCAAAAAAGCAAGGAAAAUACAUUUGUGAGUAUUGCAAUAGAGCUUGUGCAAAGCCCAGUGUGCUUUUAAAGCACAUCCGCUCCCACACUGGUGAGCGACCCUAUCCCUGCGUGACCUGCGGGUUUUCAUUUAAGACUAAAAGUAAUCUGUACAAGCACAAAAAAUCCCAUGCACAUACUAUCAAACUGGGUCUUGUCUUGCAACCAGAUGCUGGGGGCUUGUUCUUGUCCAAUGAGUCCCCCAAAGCACUUGGUAUCCAUUCAGAUGUGGACGACAGUGGGGAGAGCGAUGACGAGGGCGCUGCUGAUGAAAGGCAGAACCAGAACCACCGGGGCUCCAUGGACCUGCAGCCCGUGCAGAUAAUGAAAAUGGUACCCAACUUGGUACCCAACUUGGAAGCGUUACCAAAAUCAAGCUCCAUUCCAAGCAACCCAGAUCACAUGGUAGGAGACUUUUCACUACGGGACAAAUCUUCAGAUUCACAGACUGUGGCAGACCUACCAAAGGUUGUGGUCCACCCCAUCGGUGUGUCCCCUUUAAGAGUUGACAGCCCGAAGGUUACAGACUCCAAGCCUGAACUGUCUAGUGCACAGAAACAGAAAGACUUUCAGAUAACCCGUGUAUUGGCCCAAGCCUGGGCGCCCUCCCUGGAGACUGAUGAGAAGUCUGGUCAGAAGGGAGACAUGAGUCAGCCAGGAGGAAAACAGGAAUCUCACGUGGGAACAGCCCACGCCCAGCUACAAAGGCAGCAGGCUACGGAUUACUCUCAAGAGCAGCAAGGAAAACUUCUGAGUCCUCGAAGUUUAGGAAGUACUGAUUCUGGUUACUUCUCACGUUCUGAAAGUGCCGAUCAAACAGUGAGUCCACCAGCUCCCUUUGCCAGACGUUACCCGCCGCAGAACAGGACUCUAGUAAGACUAACGGGCCCUCCACACCUCGUGUCACUGCACCAGCAACUUCUGCUCUACCAGCGGGAGAAGGCAUCACCCCUCCCAGGCCAGAUGCGCCCGCCCUUGGCAACAAAAACCCUUGAGGAGCGGAUAUCAAAGCUCAUCUCAGACAAUGAAGCCUUGGUAGACGACAAGCAGCUGGAUAGCGUAAAGCCACGGAGAACCUCUCUCUCACGACGGGGGAGCAUCGAUUCCCCCAAAUCUUACAUAUUUAAGGAUUCUUUCCAGUUUGAUUUAAAACCAAUGGGACGGAGAACAAGCUCAAGCUCUGAUAUACCAAAGUCCCCUUUCACCCCCACUGAGAAAUCGAAGCAAGUGUUUCUUCUGUCUGUACCUUCCCUCGACUGUCUGCCUAUCACAAGAAGUAAUUCGAUGCCAACCACAGGUUACUCAGCGGUACCUGCGAGCAUCAUCCCUCCUCCUCAUCCACUGAGAGGAAGUCAGUCAUUUGAUGACAAAAUUGGUGCUUUCUAUGAUGAUGUCUUUGUAUCUGGACCUAACACUUCUGUGCCCCAAAGUGGACAUCCCCGCACCCUCGUCAGGCAAGGAGCAGUCGAAGACUCUUCAACAAACGAAAAUCACGUUCUGGCUGUCGGGCAGCCCUUGGACGAGAGCCAUCAAGGAUGUCCCACCACUGGUGAGACCGCAGCUGCAAGGAGCAAGCCCCUGGCGCCAGGCUCACACGUGGAAAAGAAGAAGUCUCAUCAAGGACGGGGGACCAUGUUUGAGUGUGAGACCUGUAGAAACAGGUAUAGAAAACUGGAAAAUUUUGAAAACCAUAAGAAAUUUUACUGUUCAGAGUUGCAUGGACCAAAAACAAAGGUAGCUCUGAGAGACCCUGAGCACAGCCCUGUGCCCAGCGGAGCACCGCCCCCGGUUCUGCACUGCAGGGUGGCAGCCUCCACAGGGGUCUGGGAACAGACGCCCCAGAUAAGAAAGAGGAGGAAAAUGAAGAGUGUUGGAGAUGAUGACGAAUCGCAGCAAAAUGAAAAUGGAGCGUCUCCACGAAGCUCCGAAGGCCUUCAGGUUCAGAGCACUCUGGGCUCUGCGUCUAAACAGAACGCCACCGUCCCGGGUGACCCACAGCGAAGAAAUACCCAACUGCAGAGCUCCCAGGUGCCACUUGUGGCCAGAGGCCCCGAGCAGACCCUGGACCCAAAGCUGGCAGCUGCCGUGGAGCAGCAGAUGGACCCGGCCGCCCAGGACAAGGCAGAGCUGAAGAGGCACGGGGCCGGCAUCUCCGUCAUCCAGCACACCAACUCGCUGAGCCGCCCCAGUUCAUUUGAUAAGCUUGAGUUUUGUGAAGGCGCUUCUCCCAUUUCUUUCCAGGAGCCUAGCAGGCCAGCGAAGCCCGGGUCUCUGAACGUCAUGGGAAUCGGCCAAGAGGAAGGCUGCCCUCCCCGGAGCACGUCUCACCCCCACCAGCCUGCGCGGCCAGGUGCCCCGAGAGCAGAACUGCAGGAAGGCUCAAGACGGAUGUGCGCGGAGCGACACAUGUUGGGACAGUCCUCAAGACUUGUUCGGCAGCACCACAUCCAAGUCCCAGAGAUCCUGGUCACAGAAGAGCCAGAUCGGGACCUUGAAGGCCAAGGCCCCGAGCAGGACAAAGCAGAGAAGUUCAGUUGGCCUCAGCGGAGUGAAACCUUGUCCAAACUGCCGACGGAGAAACUGCCGCCCAAAAAGAAGAGGCUCCGUCUGGCCGAGAUAGAGCACUCCUCAACCGAAUCGAGUUUGGACUCCACUCUGUCCAGGAGUCUAAGCAGGGAGAGUAGUUUAUCUCACACUUCGAGUUUCUCCGCCUCCUUAGAUGUAGAGGACGUUUCGAAGACUGAGGGUUCCCCCAAAAUUGACUUGUUGAAUAAGGCCGAGUUUCUCGUGAUUCCAGCUGGCUCUAAUACACUGAGUGUUCCUGGAAGUCACCGGGAAAUGAGGCGUGCUGCGUCUGAGCAGAUGAGCUGCGUGCCCACGUCGAUGGAGGUCUCCGAUUUCAGAAGUAAAUCAUUCGACUGUGGAAGCAUCACUCCACCUCAGAUAGCUCCACUCAGUGAAUUGCAGCCUUCAACGUCCCCCUCUGGCCCGGGAGUCCCCGGGCACGUGCCUCUCUUAGAAAGGAGGAGAGGCCCCCUGAUACGGCAGAUCUCUCUAAACCUCGCUCCAGAGAGUCAUCUGUCUCCUGUGAACCCAGUGUCCUUCAAAACUGUUGCUCUUCCUGGUGUGAACACAGUGCCAUUUCAGGGGCCUCAGCUUGCUAAUACCUCUUUAGCUGAGUUUCCGGCAAACACUUUGCACCCUCAGACUCAAAUUAAGGAUCUGCGAACAGAAACUUCAAGUUCCAACUCUGCAAACAUCUUUCCUGUUCAACAGCUUUUUGGUGUCAGUUUGUUAAAUCAAAUGCAUGCGCCCCUCAGCCACCAGAACACACCGCUGUCUCUGCAGGUGUCUGCACAGAGUGGCAAGCCAGAGGCAAGCCUCACUGUCUGCGCAUCUUCUAAAAAUGAGGAUUGCUUUGCUCCCAAGUACCAACUUCAGUGUCAGGUUGUCCCUUCGAGCCAGUCUUGUGCUUCUAAUCCUGUACAUCCUCUGCCAAAGCCUGUGCUUUCAGAUCCAAUAGGGGCCGAGCAUCGUGCGACUUCGUUAACAAUACCCACCAAGUUAGCAGAAGCCGCAUCUAACUCGUGUCCUCUGCCGCCACUGAAGCUUGGGUCACUUGGUGGUCAGGGGCCGAAAGUGCCAACGUCAUUUUCGCUGCCCGUGCACUUGCAGGGCCAGGUCUCGGCCUACUGUUUUGCCACAGUCACACCUCUGCCACAAAUCCUAGUGACCCAAGAUCUGUCCAGUCAGCCAAUUUGCCAGGCUAAUCGCAGUAUGGUGCCAAUCAGCGAGGAACAAAAUUCCGUGCCAAAACUGCAAAAAGAUCACCAGAAUGCUUUGCCAGACCUGGAGGCAGAACUCAUUUGCCCAAAAGUCUUUUCAGAGGUGGGCCAGAAUUCUUCUCUCCUGGAAUCCCUGCCCAUAACUCAGAGAAUCUCUGUUGGUAGACUUUCCCCCCAGCAAGAAUCUUCUGCUUCAAGUAAAAGGAUGCUUUCCCCAGCAAAUAGUUUAGACAUUGCCAUGGAAAAGCACCAGAAGCGAGCCAAGGAUGAGAAUGGGGCCGUUUGUGCAGCAGAUGUCAGACCACGGGACCCACCAAGCUCCGGAGCCGCUGAGGUCAGUAAGCAGAGGAAGCCCGCCUUAGUGAGGCAGGUCUGCACCGCCGAGCCCCUGGACGCCGGCGUGUUGGAGCAGGAUGUCUUCUCUCACCCGGAAGUCAGUAGUGAGGCUGUUCACUUGACUAAUGUUUCGCCAGCUGAUAAUCUGUCAUCAGGACACUCCAAGCCCCUGGUGACAGAACCUAUAAAAGAACCGCAGGAAUUUGAAAACAUUAAGUCAGCCACAUCACUGGUGCUUACAGCGAGGAGGUCGCCUGUCCCUGCAGAGAACACUCACAUCUCUCCUGUGGAACGGGUAGACCGCAGCUGGGACGGGGAGUCUCCAGGGGUUAAAAAUGCAGGUGGCACGGUGGACAUCCAAGAACAGAGUCCGCCUGCAGCCACUGCUCCUUCCGUGGGUGAGGCCGGAGACCCUCAGCAGCUGUCCUUCCCCAGCCUGAAGACCGCCACCAGCUUCACGUGGUGUUACCUCUUAAGACAGAAGGCGCUGCACCUGCCUCAGAACGACCCGAAGACCUCGGCCUACACUGACUGGACAGUGAGCGCCGGUAACCCCAACCCACUCGGUUUGCCUACGAAAGUUGCUCUUUCUCUCCUUAACUCAAAACAGAAGACCGGAAAAUCACUAUAUUGUCAAGCAAUAACUACCCACUUCAAAUCAGAUUUAUUGGUCUAUUCAAGCAAGUGGAAAAGCGGCUUAAGCAAGAGAGCAUUAGGUAAUCAAAAGUCCACAGUAGUUGAAUUCAGCAAUAAAGAUGCCUCUGAAAUUAACAGUGAGCAAGAUAAAGAAAAUUCCUUAAUCAAAAGUGAACCAAGAAGAAUUAAAAUAUUUGAUGGAGGAUAUAAAUCAAAUGAAGAGUAUGUAUAUGUCCGAGGCAGGGGAAGAGGAAAGUACAUUUGUGAAGAAUGCGGAAUCCGUUGUAAGAAACCUAGUAUGUUAAAGAAACACAUACGAACCCAUACAGAUGUCCGCCCCUACCACUGCACUUACUGUAACUUCUCCUUUAAGACUAAAGGAAAUCUGACAAAACACAUGAAGUCCAAGACACAUAGCAAGAAAUGUGUGGAUUUAGGCGUCUCAGUAGGUUUAAUAGAUGAACAAGAUACAGAAGAAUCAGAUGAAAAACAGCGCUUCACUUACGAGCGGUCAGGAUAUGAUCUGGAAGAAUCGGAUGGCCCCGACGAGGAGGAUAACGAGAAUGAGGAUGAGGAUGAGGACAGCCAGGCCGAGUCGGUCCUGUCCGCCGCCCCCUCCGCCACCGCCAGCCCGCAGCACCUGCCAGCGAGAAGCAGCCCUCAGGACCCUGGGGGUGCGGACGAGGACGGCAGGAUUCCCGAGUGCUUUCCGGGGGGACACACGGACCCGAUGGACGUGCUGCCCAGGGCGCUGCCCACCAAGAUGACCGUGCUGAGUGCCGUGCGGUCCGACCACGGCAGGAAGACAGGGUCCCCGGAGAGGAGCGGGCAGCAGGCUGCGGGAGACGAGGAGGCGGCGGCCACUCCCGCCGACUCUGCCAGGUCACCUGAGGCUGCGCCCCGGUCCCCAUGUCACCAGAUGUCUGUAGACUACCCUGAAUCCGAAGAGAUCCCAAGGAGUUCUGUGGCAGGAGAGGUUAUUGCUUUAACACAGAGCCCAUCAUCUCCGAGGCCGCCGCCUCCUGCAGCCCAGCGCAGCCCCCAGACGGGAGGGGGGCCUCCUCCAGCCUCCUCGCCGCAGCCCGCGCCUCCAGCGCAGAAGCUCCCAGGAACGCUCCAUCCGCCACCAGGCCUGCCUUCUCCCCAGACCCAUCUGUUCAGCCACCUUCCUUUACAUUCCCAGCAGCAGUCCAGGACUCCUUACAACCUGGUCCCCGUUGGGGGAAUCCAGGUGGUCCCUGCUGGCCUCACAUACUCCACCUUCGUCCCCAUCCAGGCGGGGCCCAUGCAACUGACGAUUCCUGCUGUCAACGUCAUUCACAGAACCGUGGGCCCCCCUGGGGACCUGGCCGCAGAAGUUUCUGGCACCACAGAACCCGCCGGAGUGACUGAAUUAAGCAGCGUCCUGCCCUGUAUUCCCAUCGGCCAGAUCCGCGUUCCAGGCCUGCAGCCCCUGAGCAUGGAAACCGUCAACCUGGUGGGCGCCCGGCCGCCCGGCAUCGCCCUGAAGGCCGUGGGGCUGCAGGUGCUGACCGCCGACCCCUGCGGCCAGGGCAGCCCCGGCCCCCCGGCUCCCGUCCCCGGCCUCCAGAUCCUCAACAUAGCCUUGCCCGCGCUGAUCCCCUCGGUCGGCCGGGUCCCCGUGGACACCCUCGAAACGCCCGCUACCCAAAACCGAGCGCGGGAGGCGCAGCCCCAGCAGCCGCCCGCGGCCGGUGCGCAGCAGGGAGGCAGGACCACGUCGCCGCAGGGCUCACCGCGAGUCCGCCGGGAAAACGCCAAGAAGGUUCUCGAUCUGCCGGCCCCCGCCGGAGACCACUCCAGGCUCGAGAGCUCCAGUCAGAGGGGCACGGGGAAGACUGGCCCCGUGAACCACGUGACGCCCCAGCACGAACCCCCCUCCCGGCCCGGCCAACCGACCUCGGCGCCCCCGCCGGCCCUCCCCCUGGACAACGGGCGCCGCGGCCCCCGCGCCCCGACCCGCAGGCAGGCGGCCCCGCAGCUCAGCGACCUCAGCAGUGACGACGACGAGGACAGGCUCGUGAUCGCCACCUAGGGGCCAGGUACUGGGGGGUUGGGAUGCUGGGUUUUUUUGGUUUUUUUUUACAUAACACUUAAAAGGUUUCUUUGAAAACCCUCCUUCCCUUAAAGCACAUUUUUCUGACAAACUCAUGACUCAUCUUUGUGCAAUCAUGAACUUUUGACCAAUAAUUGUCGUUUUGUGUCAGCUCCAGCCAUUUUUGUACAUGUUGUAUAGACAAUUGUGCCUUUUAGGAGUUUUAUGUUUAGGAACUGUACAGAUUGUUGAAUAUCUAUAUACAUAAAAUAUAUAUUAUAUAUGUACAUGAAAACCAGGUAGUUAUUUGUGUUUAGCAAGAGAAACCUGUCAAAUAAAUCAAAUGAUUAAAUUAUAUGUUGCACUGUUAAAUAUGAAUUUUUAUGGCUGUGGGGCAGUUUGUGUGUAAAUUAGUAUGUAAACUCCGUAUUUAUUGUAUUCAUAUUAGUCUUUGAAAAUGGGUCUGUCCUUCUUGUGUAAGACAGUAACUUUACACUUCAGACAGAUUUUCCAUGUUAUGAAAUGUUUCAGUAAAACAUUGUUUACUGACUUUA